AUGAGGCUAACAAUAUGUUUACGCAUAAUCAGUACAAGUUUGAAAGCCACAAUGAGAAGUCACACAUAUAUUGAUUCAAUGGGUUUUCCCAGCAUUAUGGCCCGUAUCCUUGAUGGUAAAGGCCUUGCCAGUGAUAUUAAAGAAGAAUUGAAAGUUAAAAUAGAGAAUUGGGUAAGCCUAGGUAACAGAGCUCCCUCUUUACGCUGUAUUAUUGUUGGUGAUGAUCCAGCUAGCCAGACAUAUGUGAGAAACAAAAUUCAAGCAGCCUUAGCUGUGGGUAUUGCUGCCGAAACAAUCAAGUAUGAUGAGACAUUAAGUCAGGAAGAACUACUUGCAAAAAUUGAUGUACUAAAUAAGGAUGAAGCUGUGGAUGGUAUUCUGGUGCAAUUACCUUUGCCUGGUGCAAUGGACGAAAGGAAAAUUUGCAAUGCCGUGGCUCCUGAAAAGGAUGUUGAUGGAUUUCAUAUAAUAAAUGUUGGACAGCUCUGUUUAGAUAUGCCUACCAUGGUCCCUGCUACUGCCUUGGCCGUAAUUGAGAUGUUAAAACGGUUUAAAAUCGAUACAUUUGGGCGUAACGCUGUGGUUGUAGGGCGCUCAAAGAAUGUAGGAAUGCCAAUAGCUAUGAUGUUGCAUAGUGACAGAAAUCAUGACAGCGGUCUAGGUAUGGAUGCCACAGUGACUAUUUGCCACCGAUACACGCCACGUGAACAAUUAGUUACGUUUUGUAGGAACGCUGACAUUGUGAUAACUGCUACCGGUGUACCAAAACUCAUUAAAGCUGAUAUGAUAAAGCCUGGUGCUACAGUGAUAGAUGUAGGGAUUUCAAGAAUUACUGAUGAACAGGGGAAGACAAAACUGGUCGGCGAUGUCGACUAUGACGAGGUUGUCAAAAUCGCUGGUGCAAUAACACCAGUGCCUGGAGGAGUGGGUCCUAUGACAGUUGCAAUGCUGAUGCAUAACACAUUACAAGCCGCACAGAGGAUCCAAGAUGCUAAGACAUUGAACUGA